AUGAAUGGGUAGCCGGAAGCAGGAAGUGAGUGAGGGAGUGAGGGAGAGAAGCAGCUGGUGCAGACACGAUGGCGGACCCCCAGUACAUCCUCCCCAAUGACAUCGGCGUGGCCAGCCUCGACUGCCGGGAGGCCUUUGGCCUGCUGUCCCCCACGGAGCGGCUCUACGCGCACCAUCUGUCCCGGGCCGCCUGGUACGGGGGCCUGGUCGUCUUACUGCAGACGUCCCCCGAGGCCCCCCACAUCUACGCUCUCCUAAGCCGCCUCUUCCGGGCUCAGGACCCCGAGCAGCUCAAAGAGUGCGCCCUGAAGGAGGGGCUCACGGAGGACGAAUACCAGGCUUUCCUGGUCUACACUGCGGGGAUCUACGCCAACAUGGGGAACUACAAGUCUUUCGGAGACACCAAGUUUGUUCCCAACUUGCCUAAGGAAAAGCUGGAACGGUUAGUGCUGGGGAGCCGAGCUGCGCAGGAGCACCCAGAAGAGGUGGGGGGGCUCUGGCAGGUCUGUGGGGAUCUCAUGUUCUCCCUGGAGCCCCAGCAGCGCCACCUGGGCCUGGGAAACGAGGGCACCACCACAUAUUUCUCUGAGAACUGUACCUUGGAAGAUGCCAAGCUGGCACAGAGCUUCUUGGAUUCGCAGAACCUCAGUGCCUACAACACCAGGCUGUUCAAGGGGGUGGAUGCAGAUGGGAAACCGUGCUUUGAGGUGCGCCUGGCCUCUAUCCUCCGAGAAGAGACCACCCCAGACUCCGACAUGACGCCAAAACUGAAGAGCUACGAGUUUGAGGGCUGCCAGUUCCAGGUGACCCGGGGAGACUACUCCCCUCUCCUGCAGAAAGUGGUGCAGCACCUGGAGAAAGCCAAGGCCUACGCAGCCAACGGCCUCCAGGAGCACAUGCUGAGCCAGUACAUCGAGAGCUUCACGCAGGGCUCCAUCGAUGCCCACAAGAAGGGCUCCAGAUACUGGAUUCAAGACAAGGGCCCCAUUGUGGAGAGCUACAUCGGCUUCAUCGAGAGUUACCGAGACCCCUUCGGCUCCCGCGGAGAGUUUGAAGGGUUUGUAGCCGUGGUGAACAAGUCCAUGAGCGCCAAGUUUGAGCGGCUGGUGGAGAGUGCGGAGCAGCUGCUGAAGGAGCUGCCCUGGCCCCCGGCCUUCGAGAAGGACAAGUUCCUGACCCCGGACUUCACCUCGUUGGAUGUGCUCACCUUCGCGGGCUCCGGGAUCCCAGCUGGCAUCAACAUCCCCAACUAUGACGACCUUCGCCAGAAGGACGGCUUCAAGAACGUGUCUCUGGGCAACGUGCUCGCCGUGGCCUACGCCACCCAGCGCGAGAAGCUCACCUUCCUGGAAGAGGAGGACAAGGACCUCUACAUCCGCUGGAAGGGGCCGUCCUUCGAAGUCCAGGUGGGGCUGCACGAGCUGCUGGGCCAUGGCAGCGGGAAGCUCUUUGUGCAGGAUGAGAAGGGAGCGUUCAACUUUGACCAGAACACUGUGAUCAACCCAGAAACGGGGGAGCAGAUCAGGAGCUGGUACCGGAGCGGUGAGACCUGGGACAGCAAAUUCAGCACCAUCGCCUCCAGUUACGAGGAGUGCCGGGCUGAGAGCGUGGGGCUCUACCUCUGCCUCCACCCCCGAGUCCUGGAGAUCUUUGGGCUGGAUGGUCCUGAGGCGGAGGACGUGGUCUACGUGAACUGGCUGAACAUGGUGCGGGCCGGGCUGCUGGGCCUGGAAUUCUACACUCCCGAGACGUCCAGCUGGAGACAGGCGCACAUGCAGGCCCGCUUUGUGAUCCUGAGGGUCCUGCUGGAGGCCGGGGAGGGCCUGGUCACGGUGGUUCCCACCACCGGCUCCGACGGGCGGCCGGAUGCCCGGGUCCGCUUGGAUAGGCACAAGAUCCGCUCGGUUGGCAAGCCUGCCCUGGAACGGUUCCUGCGGCGACUCCAGGUGCUGAAAUCGACAGGCGACGUGGCCGCCGGGCGGGCGCUCUACCAGGGCUACUCCGCGGUCACCGACGCUGCCCCUGAAAACUUCCUCGCCCUGCGCGAGACGGUGCUGCUGCGCAAGGAGGCCCGCAAGCUCAUCGUGCAGCCCAACACCUGCCUGGAAGGCUCCCAGGUGCAGCUCCUGGAGUACGAUGCCUCGGCCGCCGGCCUCAUCCGCUCCUUCUCCGAGCGCUUCCCCGAGGAUGGGCCCUUGCUGGAGGACGUGCUCACAGGGCUGGCCAAGGCCGACGCCCACUUCUGGAGGAACCCCACCGUGGUCGCGGCCCCCCGGGCCUGAAGAAGCUCGGCUCCAUCCACCCCGUGCCCUCCUCCCUCGGGGCCCUCCCUUGCUCUGCCGGAGGGAUGGGGCCUUUGUGCCCGGUGGGGCCGGGCCUUCGCCUCCUUCCGCCUCCACCCGAGGUCAGCCAGAAGGGCCUGCAGGAGCCCGUCUCGGACGCACCACCUGUCCAGGAUCUGGGCCCAGCCUCCCCUCUCAGAGGCAGCUUCCUCUUCUGUCCGGGAUGCUUCCAUCCUGCCUGCCUACCUCUCACAGGGUUGUUGUGAGGAAAGUGGUUUCUAACCUUUAAAGAGCUAGCCAAACGGGA